CGAAGUUCGCCUAAAUGCAUUCAUCAAUGUAGCCCCCCAUCUUAAGAAAGCUUUUGACUUUUAUCCCCUAUAAAAUAUAAAUGCGAAUUUUGCACCCUCAUCUUCUCCUGCCCAGAAAAAUAAAAAAGGGGGAUGGCAAUCUCUAAACCCUAUCCGCUACUGAUAUUUCUCCUGGCUAUGGCGUCGCGUUUCUUGGAAGCCAAGGCGGGUGGGGUCUUCUGCAGCAAUCCCUACGAGCGCUGCUACCAAAAGUACAUUGACUGUCCGGACGAAUGCCCCACCACUGGCGCCACCAACUCCAAGAACAAAGUCUGCUAUGUCGAUUGCGAUUAUCCCCUCUGCAACUCCCAGUGUCGCUUUCGCCAGCCAAACUGCUACCACCCUGGAUCCGCCUGCCAUGACCCCAGGUUCAUUGGCGGCGACGGCAUCAUUUUCUACUUCCACGGCAAGAGCAACGAGCAUUUCUCCCUCGUCUCGGAUUCCCAUCUUCAGAUCAAUGCCAGAUUCACCGGACAUAGACCUGCUGGUAGAGCCAGAGACUUCACCUGGAUCCAGGCCCUUGGGAUCCUCUUCGGCUCCCACGAGUUCUCUCUCGAGGCUGCGAAAACCGCCACCUGGGACAGCAACUUCGAACAUCUCAAGCUCGUCUAUGACGGGCGAGAUUUGGAUCUCCCGGGGGGAACUCUCUCCACCUGGUACUCGCCCGACAAGGCCAUAAAGGCCGAGAGAGUUGCGGAGAGGAACAGCGUGACGGUGAUGAUCAAGGACAAAGCCGAGAUCAUGGUCAAGGUUGUUCCCGUGACAAAGGAAGACGACAGGAUCCAUGGCUACAGGGUACCUGCAGAUGACUGUUUUGCCCAUUUCGAGGUUCAGUUCAGGUUCUUCAAGCUGUCCCCCGAGGUGGACGGAGUCUUGGGACGUACUUACAGGCCCGAUUUCAAGAACCCGGCUAAACCAGGAGUCGCCAUGCCUGUCCUGGGCGGGGAGGAUAGCUUCAGGACCUCCUCUCUCCUCUCUACUGACUGCAAGACUUGCCUUUUCUCCGGACCUAUGGCUUCUUCGGGUGGUAUCAUCAAGUCGGGUAUCGGGUAUGGAACCUUGGAUUGCACCCGCGGGGCGUCCUCUGGAUACGGAAUCAUCUGCAGGAGAUGAUCCUGCAGCUUUCUAACGAAGGGGCAGAAAUUUCUGCAGAGAAUCCUAGUACUAUCAAGUGUAAAUCUUGUGUUCGUUAUGUUAUGGAUGUUGUAAUGUGAUUCUAUAGGCACUGAUGCGAAUGUUCUUGAACGCAGCAGACGAGGAGGAACUCUGGGUCUUGAAUCGGAAACAUUAUAUUACUAAUACGAAAAACUAAGAUUCAUGA